AAGGAGACUGAUAAAUAUAAUCUGGAUAACACCCUGAUUAAAUCAAUUGAAAGACAUAUAACUUUGUGUGAACAGUCACUAAACUGGAAUAAGAGUAAAUUUCUGAGAAUUUUUGUGAAUAGAAGGUGAUUACCAUGGAGCCCAAAUUACAAGAUAUUGAACUUCGUGAACAGGACAGAUGGCUCCCUAUAGCCAACGUCGCCCGAUUAAUGAAAAACACGUUGCCCAACACUGCAAAAGUCAGUAAAGAUGCCAAGGAGUGCAUGCAGGAAUGUGUCAGUGAGUUCAUAUCAUUUGUUACUUCCGAAGCCAGCGACAAAUGCUUGAGAGAGAAACGAAAAACUAUAAAUGGUGAAGAUAUCUUGUAUUCUAUGCACGACUUGGGGUUCGAGAAUUAUGCCGAAGUGUUGAAAAUUUAUUUGGCGAAAUAUCGUGAACAGCAAGCGUUAAGACAGGAACGCGGGGAGACUAGGGCUACCAAGAGACAAUUGAAACAGCAAGCGGCUGCGGCCGCUGCCGCCGCUGCUGCUACUGCAAAUGGCGAAGAUGGAACUGCAGAACAAGCCGUGGCCGUGGCUAUUGGUCAUGAGAAUGAGGCUAGUUCUAGCACAGGAUCCGUGUCAGCCUCGGCUGAAUAUGACGAAGCCAUCAAAGAGGAGGAGGAUGAGGAUGUGCCAUAUUUGAACGGUUCAAUAGACGAAAAUGAACACCAUGAAAGCCUAAGUCAUAGUCCUAUUGGUUCUAUUCAUUCAGAACACUUGUACAACGAUUAUGAAAAACAGCAAAUAAAAGAAGAGGAACGAAUAGACGAAGAACAGGAGGAACAUCCACAUACAAAAGAAUAUGGAUAUGAUGACUUUAUAAAUACUGAUGAAGUAAAUCAUCAUCACCAUAACAUUGAAGAGUUAGCCAAACAAUUGACUCAUGAGAAUGGCGACAUCGACAGUCUAGGUAUCACCAACGGGUCCAAUGAAUACUUUUAACCAUUUUGUAAAUAUGAUUAUUGUUUGUUUUAUGUAUUAUAAGUAUAG